AUAUUUCACAUUCUCCAGAAUGUUAAGUGACACUUUAACUGCUCGCUGUGGUGGGGAAGGGGGCAGAGGUAGGUGAGCGCUCUCUCAGCCUAGAGCAGCCUGACCAGCCCAGGAGGCGAUGGCGGCAGCCCAGGCCCAGCAUUCCCGCACAAAUCUCCGCAGACCGGCUGUUGGGGGAAAAAAGUGUUAGCCAUCUCUCCCGGAUCUGCAAGGGGGAAAAAAUUUGGAACCAUAAAGUUGAAAACUUUUUUCUCUGUUUGGAAGAAACCGUUCGGCAUGAAUGGGACCAGCGAAGCUCAGGCGAGAGGAGGCGAGAGUCGCAAAGGAGGGGAGAUUUCUCGCCUACCGCUCGCGCUGGGGCUCGAUGUGAAUAUAUAUUAUGUCUGCCUGUUCUCCCCUCGUCGGUGGCUAAGGUCAGCCGCUUGCAACAGUCCAGGGAGGAGGGGGGCAGAAAGGGGAGGGGGGGUCCGGCGUGUCACGAGACCCCCGGGGGUGCCAAUGUCCGGUCGUGAGGGUAUCAGGCCCUUGCAAGUUGCCAUCCACUGCCCGGGCCUCGCCCAGCGAUGCAGAAAGCCACCUACUACGACAACGCCGCGGCUGCGCUCUUCGGAGGCUACUCCACGUACUCUGGCAGCAAUGGCUUCGGCUACGACGGCCCCCCCCAACCCCCCUUUCAGGCCGCCACGCACCUGGAGGGUGACUACCAGCGCUCAGCGUGUUCUCUUCAGUCCCUGGGCAACGCCGCCCCACAUGCCAAGAGCAAGGAGCUCAACGGCAGCUGCAUGAGGCCCGGCCUGGCCCCUGAGCCCCUGCCCGCCCCUCCGGGCUCACCCCCGCCCAGCGCCGCACCUACCAGUACCACUAGCAACAGCAAUAAUGGGGGCGGGCCCAGCAAAAGCGGCCCCCCCAAGUGCGGUCCCGGCUCCAACUCCACCCUCACCAAACAGAUAUUCCCCUGGAUGAAAGAGUCGAGGCAAACGUCCAAGCUGAAAAACAGCUCCCCCGGCACAGCAGAAGGCUGUGGUGGCGGUGGCGGUGGCAGCGGCGGCAGUAGUGGAGGCAGUGGGGGCGGCGGCGGCGGCGGCGGGGGAGGGGACAAGAGCCCCCCGGGGUCGGCGGCGUCCAAGCGGGCGCGGACCGCGUACACCAGCGCGCAGCUGGUGGAGCUGGAAAAGGAGUUCCACUUCAACCGCUACCUGUGCCGGCCGCGCCGCGUGGAGAUGGCCAAUCUGCUGAACCUCAGCGAGCGACAGAUCAAGAUCUGGUUCCAGAACCGGCGCAUGAAGUACAAGAAAGACCAAAAGGCCAAGGGCCUGGCCUCAUCGUCUGGGGGACCGUCUCCAGCCGGCAGCCCCCCGCAGCCCAUGCAGUCCACCGCUGGCUUCAUGAACGCCUUACACUCCAUGACCCCCAGCUAUGAGAGCCCGUCCCCGCCCGCCUUCGGCAAAGCCCACCAGAAUGCCUACACGCUGCCCUCCAACUACCAGCCCCCUCUCAAGGGCUGCGGCGCCCCGCAGAAGUAUCCCCCGACCCAGGCGCCCGAUUACGAGUCCCACGUUCUCCAAGCCAACGGGGGCGCCUACGGGACGCCCACCAUGCAGGGCAGCCCAGUGUACGUGGGCGGGGGCGGCUACGCGGAUCCGCUGCCGCCCCCUGCCGGCCCCUCCCUCUACGGCCUCAACCACCUUUCCCACCAUCCCUCUGGGAACCUGGACUAUAACGGGGCGCCCCCUAUGGCCCCCAACCAGCAUCACGGACCAUGCGACCCCCAUCCCACCUACACAGACCUCUCCUCUCACCACGCGCCUCCUCCUCAGGGUAGAAUCCAAGAAGCUCCCAAAUUAACACACCUGUGAUGGGAGAGGAAGGGCGGAGGGGCGAGGUCAAGGGCAAGAGGGGGGCUGCGGAGCUCAGAGGGGCGGCCUGGAGGUCUGAAAGAGGGGUUAGGGAAGUAGUUGCUAGGCUCCCAGGACAAGGGACUUGGAGCUCCUUCCCUGCUCCCUGGCUUGAGGGGUUGUUUUAAAGUCCUUCAUCCCUUGUUCCAUCUGCCUGCCAACCCAUUGGAAAGGAAUCCACGGCAGAUUGGAGAUGACCCCUUCAACCCCAGGCUCCAGCACUACCAAGUUGGAAUUCCAUGCUGGAGAGGGAGUGUGGUAGAAGAAGUUGAGAUAGGAAAACAAGGCAGAGAAGCACAUUUAAAAAAAAUAAAAAAAAACAAAACAAAAACAAGCAGACAAGAUGGCUAGGCCAUGACCAACCAACCUACUUACCUUCCACCUCUGUG